UAUUAUUGUUCUUAUUCUAAUGUAGCGUGAUUGUGUUCCGUGACACGUUUUAAGGGUGAACAUCAAAAAUAAACUGUCUAAUUCACAGUUUAUUGAUAGAGAAAUCAUAUAUUUCGUAAUUCAUUUAUAUUUAUAUUAAUGAAUAAUCAUUACGAUUUUAGUAAUGGUUAGUUUACACUUUGUAAAACAUGAAUGAAUUUUUUAUCAAACCUAAUGGAGUGUAAAUUAGGCCUCAGCAUACACAAAGGGAAACUCAAGAUCUUCCAAUUCAAAGCAGAGAAUAGCAAUCCAAUCACUCUUGGCGGCGAAACUCUGGAAGAUGUAGAAUCCUUCACAUACCUGGUCAGCUGUAUCAUCGAUGAACAAGGAGGUUCAGAUGCACAUCGAAAGUCAAAGAUAAGCAAAGUAAGAACAGCAUUCCUACAGUUGAAUAAUAUAUGGAACUCAAAACAACUGUCAACCAAUAUCAAAGUGAGAAUCUUCAAUACCAACGUCAAGGCAGUUCUACUGUAUGGAGAUGAAACUUGAAGAACUAUCACAACCAUCAUCAAAAGGGUACAAGUAUAAUGAAAAUUUGAUGAACUAUGUAGCAGCAGGCAUGAGACGAUUUUAUAAAAAAUUAUAAACCUCAACUUAUUUUUAGUUAUGUAAAUAAAUCAAAGUUCAAUAGCAUA